AUGGCUAUCAAGGAUAUCAACCCCCUAAUCUACUGGCUCGUGAUGGAUGACUCGUCCCGAGCACGACUGGUGCCUGGCAGAGGCAUAUGGGCACGGAACAAAGUUAAGAUUAACCUCAGGGCCAAGGGGGGGACGGCGGCGGCCAAACUCGCCAUUUACCUUGAGCGCCAUCUACGUCUGAACAGUGAUGUUGACACGCCCCUUGUCUCGGCGUCCGAUGACCCGACGAUUGCGUUCGACGUCGUGGACCGACGACAAUCGGCCCGACACCAGGGUAUGACGGUUGUCAAGACCAAUAUCAGACGCGUUCGUGGGAACAUUACGUAUCGCAGCGCACGCAAGUUUGCGUUGAAACUGGGCGUGGACAUGCCCGACAACGCAUGGCACACUUCGGAGCGUGAAUUCGUCUUUGCGAGUAACAUCUUGCAGGAUGCUAUUGAUAAGGCAUACUGCUUCGAGAACACUCGCAGAUCGUGA